UUAAAAACAGUUCCAUCUGAGACAUUGUGUGAAUUACAUGUCCUGGGAAGUGGUCCGCGGAGGAGUUCGAGUAACUUAGAAUUUUAUGUGCUGAAAGCUCGGGACGUGAUCAACAGAUCUUGUGACCGAUUAAGGUAGAUCUAUGAUACAUUUCUGAAAAAUUAGUGAAGUAUGUGACAUCACCUUGGAUAAGGAUAAGGAGAAAAAUCACGAAGGAUUUAAUCGGUGGUGUGGUGUGACUCGUAACGGAAAGAGACACGCUUUUCUAAGUUCGCAGUUUCAAGCGUACGCAUGCUUGGAAGACGCUACCGAUACGGUUGAUAGUGGAGUGAGAAGUGUAGCAACUGUUGCCAUUUGAUGGAUUAGACAGUAUCGUGCAAGGAUAUCCGAGUGCGAGAAACAAGUGAAUACAGUGAAAGGAAGUUAUCCGAUUGCGAUCCAAGUUGGAAUCAUUAAGUGAAACUCAGAUGCAUCUUCCGGCUAGCAGCGAGUGUCAAACUCCUCCGACAGCAGAUAAAAGUAUGACUGAUAUGUUCUCGAAUCUUCAUGAUAUGCUGCAGGAGUACCAUGGGGAGUUGGUGCAGACCGGCUCGCCGGCGGUUCUCUGUUCGGCUCUGCCGACGCACUGGCGCUCCAACAAAAGCUUGCCAUGUGCCUUCAAGGUUAUCGCCCUGGAUGAUAUCCAGGAUGGAACCAUAGUUACCAUCAAAGCCGGUAAUGACGAAAACUACCAUGCCGAACUGCGUAAUUGUACGGCGGUCAUGAAGAAUCAGGUGGCAAAGUUCAACGAUCUUCGGUUCGUUGGAAGAUCUGGCCGAGGAAAGUCGUUCUCCGUUACGAUAACAAUCAGUUCGUACCCCAGUCAGAUUGCCACCUACACCAAAGCAAUCAAAGUCACCGUUGACGGUCCUCGGGAACCUCGAUCUAAACAAAAUUUCGCCUACGGCCAUCCGGGAGCAUUCAAUCCGUUUAUGCUCAAUCCGGGAUGGAUAGAUGCGGCCUAUAUGAACUACGCUUGGUCCGACUACUUCCGGCAGCACCAGCAAAUGCAGGCUCAGCAGCAGCAGCAGCAACCGGGUCAGCCGACUCCGGUCACCUCCGUUGGAAAAGGAUCUCCAACGUUACCAACGGCCAACGGUACAACAGGACCUCUACUACCAACUCCGCCGGCAGAUUUCAUGACAAUGUCAGGAGCACCAAACACCCCCAAUGGUCUUGCUGCCCCAACGGGACCAGUGUUACCCAAUGGAGCCACCUACCUACAACAAUUCCCCUUCAGUCCUCAUACCGAGCUGCACCUGAAGUCUCCAUUCCUGCCUUACGACAUCUCACCACUCCGUGCCAAUGGUCUUCGAGGGCCUCACCAGUUAUCCGCCACCAUAACCUUAUCCUCGAGUGACUUCAUAUCCUCUUCUCGCCUUUCUCCCGCUUCGUCGCGAAACUCAACAUCCUCUCCUCCCUCCACCACCAAUCAAUCCCAAAUUAAAAUGAGUCUUGAGCUCAAUUCCACCAACGACCAUUCAUCUGCCGAAGAAUCCGAUGAAGAGCACAUCGAUGUCGUCAAGUCAGCCUUCAUACCAAUUUUACGACCAGCUCCAGCGUCCUCGGCCGAUACCACUUCAGACGCGCUCAACCUUCCGCUGAAAUCGGAAACCCCCGAUUCCACUACGACAACUCCAAGUUCUCCACCUCCACAGACACCGCUAUCGGUACGCUGCGAACUCAAAGCACCUUCGUCCAAGAAGCCUCAGCUGCACGAAACGGCUCCAAGUGAACCUGCCUCACCAGAAAAUACCAAACUAAAGUCGCCCAACCUUAUCAUCAAGCAGUCAGCUAAAACUGUGUGGCGACCCUAUUGAGAGUAUCUGCUGCUCUCUCAAGUGCUCUCCCGGUUCGGGAAGUAACUCGUAGCGAAUUAUUCAUACAUAGUUCAGAGAUCUGGUGAUAUUAAUGUUAAAUGAUAAUCGGUGAUUUUAGGAGUUAAAGAAUGAGACGUCAAUUGUACAUACUGAAUG